AUGGACAUUGGAACAGCCAUGUCUGUUGCACAAACUUUGUUAGCAGCGCUGCAGUGUUCUGAGCUCAAUGAGAUCUGCUCCAUUGCUGGCUACAAAUCCAAACUCGGUGAGCUCCGUGCCACUGUCGUAAGAAUCAAAGCUGUGCUCGAGGAUGCUGAGGAUGCUGAGGCCAAACAAGUGCUGUCCAAACAAGUACAACUCUAUAUUGAAGAGCUCAAGGAUGCAGUUUAUGAAGCCGAUGAUCUCUUCGAUGAGUUUGUCACUCUUGCUGAGCGUAAGCAGCUCACCGAGGGUAUCAAGGUUCGUGUGCUUUCUCUUUUUACCAAGUUUGGUACUGCUUACAAUAUGACUCAGAGGGUGAAGAAGAUCAAGAGUAAGCUGGAUGCUAUUGCUCAUGAUACGCGGUUCAGCUUGAGCAUCGAUCCUAAGCCUAUUAAGGAUCGAAGGCUUGAGACCUGUUCUUAUGUAUAUGAAGCUGAUAUCAUUGGAAGAGAAGCUGAUUUAGAGAAGAUUGUUAGCAUGUUGCUUGAUCCUAAUGUUCAACAAAAUGUUUCUUUCCUUUCUAUUGUGGGGAUUGGUGGGUUGGGGAAGACUGCUCUUGCCCAACUUGUGUAUAAUGAUGCAAGAGUCACAAUUGAUACUGCAUUUCAGUUGAGAUUGUGGACUUGUGUUGCCGAUGAAAAUGAAAACUUGGACAUAAAAGGGGUUCUUUGUAAGAUUCUAGCUCCAGCUACAGGUCCUAUGAUGAAUGAGGGCUAUACCAUGGAUCAGUUGCAAAUCCAACUACAACAAAAACUUGCUGGAAAAAAAUUCUUGCUUGUUUUGGAUGAUGUGUGGACUGAAAAUCCUAAUAGUUGGUAUACAUUGACACAAUUUUUGAUGGGAGGCCAGAGGGGAAGUUGGAUUGUUGUGACUACACGUUCACGGGAGACAGCGAGAAUCGUUGGAGCCGGUCCAACACAUGAGUUGCAAGGCCUGUCAAGGGAAGAUUCAUGGUGUUUAUUUAGAAGAGUAGCAUUUAGAUCACAACACUCAAGCUCUUCUGAAGAUUUGGUUGAAAUUGGCCAAGAUAUUGUUAAGGAAUGUGCAAACGUCCCUCUUGCAAUUAGAGUGGUGGGGAGUCUUCUCUAUGGCCAAAACAAACAAAAGUGGCUUUCAAUUCAGAAGCUCGGAUUAGCAAAAGCAUGCCAAAGUGACAUAAUGCCUAUAUUGAAGCUGAGUUACUACCAGCUUGAAUCCCCACUGAAAAGUUGUUUCUGUUAUUGUGCAGUGUUUCCUAAAGAUUAUGUGAUGAAGAAGGAAACAUUGAUAAGGCUUUGGAUGGCACAUGGCUACAUCCCAUUGGAUGAUCCUCAGAGUCCGGAAGAUCUUGCUGAGGAAUAUUUCUCGAUCUUGUUGCGGAGAUGUUUCUUGCAAGACGUGAAGAAAGACGGAGACGGUAGCAUUUGGUCAUGUAAGAUGCAUGAUUUAAUGCAUGAUCUUGCUCAACAAGUUGUGGGAAAGGAGAUUUGCAGAGUGGAAACCAUGAAUGGGGAUGUAGACAAAAAAGUUCGCCAUCUCUCUCUUAUUAGACCUACAAAUAAUUUCUCUUUUACUAAUAAGAAGAGCCACCUACGUUCAUUUCUUCAUACUAAUGAGUCGUAUUGUGAUCAGCUUUGUGUGGCUGCAUUAGUAGGUAAUUGCAAGUAUAUAAGGGCAUUGGACUUGCGUGAGUCAAGAAUCAAGAGUUUGCCGGGCUCAAUAGGUGACCUGAUACACUUGAGGUACCUAGACCUCUCAUGGAUUAGCGGUCUAGAAGUUCUCCCAGGAUCUAUUACAAAACUAUAUAAUCUCCAGACUUUAAACUUAAGUUGUUGUGAGAAAUUGAAAGAAUUGCCAAAAGAUUUGAGCAAGUUGGUUAAGUUGAGGGUCUUGGAUUUACUUGGAUGUAAUGAGCUGAGGUAUAUGCCAAGGGGCAUGCGUAAGUUGAGUUGCCUUCACACUCUUAAUACGUUUGUGUUGGGAGACAUGAGUUCAAGUAAGAAUAACUUACUUGAAGGGCUGGAAGAUCUAAAAGCUCUAAGUAACUUGAAAGGUUCUCUUGAUAUCAAGGUUCGAUAUAUGAAGACAGGUUAUAAAAUAAAUGGUGGAAAGGAAGGUGGGUGCCUGGUGAACAAGGAACAUCUGAAAGAAGUGGACAUUGAUUUCGGCUGGAAUGAAAGAAGGGAGUAUGAAGAAGCAGUGAUGGAGGAGUUGCAGCCUCAUUCUAAUCUCAAGAUAUUUGGUAUGGUUGGAUAUCAAGGUGUGAGAAUGCCAAGUUGGGCAAGGGACAAUUAUAACUUGGCAACCUUUCUCCCUAAUCUUGUUCAAUUAGAGUUUUAUUAUUGUCAGCAAUUGCAGCAUUUGGGACAAUUACGACUUCCUCAAUUGAAAAUAUUAACGUUGUUUGGAUGUCCAAACCUAACAGCUAUUUUGGAGUGUCCUGCAUUAGAAAUGCUGGAAUUAAUGUCAUUCAAUGAGAGAUUGAAAAUAAUACCAAUAUCACGGGAAGAGGCCUCACCUUAUGAAAUUGGUCCCAAUUUAAGGGAGGUUAGAAUCGACAAUGUGGCAUGGCUUAAUUCGCUGCCCAUGAACUCUUUUCAUGAUGGUGCAAUGCUUAUCAUAUAUGCGGACAAGAAGGUGGAAAGUUUGGGAGAAGCUAUGGAGGUGUUUCGUAGCUGUUCGGCUUCCCUGAAGUACUUGGAAAUUAGUAAUUGCGAUAAUUUGAAGAGUGUAGUCAGUGGAGGUUUAGAGCAUCUCUCUGCCUUAGAGGAGUUAACAAUUGGCAGUUGCGAUAAUUUGAAUGAAUCAGAAGAAGUAGAAAGAGUAUCCUUUUGUCAAUCCCUUCGCACAUUGGAAUUACAUGAUCUUGAUCGGAUUGUAAAAGUGCCCAAUUGGAUACAGUACUUGUCUUCCCUCCAAACCCUUACUAUUAUCAAUUUCAAAAAAGUGGAAUCAAUGCCGAAUUGGAUUUCCCAACUCACCUCUCUUAGAGAGCUUGAAGUCAGCAAUUGUUCAACGCGGCUAAAAGAAAGAUGCCAAGAACCAAGCGGAGAGGACUGGCCCCACAUUCAACACAUUCCUUCCAUUGAAUUCGCGUAA